UCAUCAGAGUUCCAAUCAAACAAUCAAAAUUAUUUGCUUACACUGGGGGACAUCUAGCCAGAUCAAAAGAACUCUUACUGGAAACAACAAGACCUUUCAACACCAGGACAUAUCUCUUGAUACAUACUUUUGCAGAAAUAGACUACAACGCUUUGAGAACCUGAGGGGAAUCGACAGCUGAAGUCCUCCAAAAUGGAUAGUCCUUUCAAGAUGAACUACUUGUUAGAUGUUGAUUCUGCCUACCGGUUGUUUUACAGCCAAGGAGCACAAGCUCGCCGGGCGACCCUGCUCACCGUCCCCACCUUAAUGGCGGCAUCAUCCGAGGAGGACAUCGACCGGAGACCCAUCCGGAGAGUCCGGUCCAAGAGUGACACCCCUUACCUCGCCGAGGCCAGGAUCUCCUUCAACCUCGAGGCAGCUGAAGAAGUGGAGAGACUGGCUGCAAUGCGUUCGGACUCGCUGGUUCCCGGGACGCACACCCCUCCGAUUCGAAGGAGAAGUAAGUUUGCCACUCUAGGACGAAUUUUCAAGCCCUGGAAAUGGAGAAAGAAGAAGAGCGAGAAGUUCAAGCACACAUCAGCAGCACUUGAAAGAAAAAUAUCAAUGAGGCAAAGCAGGGAGGAGCUUAUCAAGAGAGGAGUGUUGAAGGAAAUUUUUGAUAAAGAUGGGGAACUUCCUAUACAACAUGAAGAAGGAUCUUUGGAGAAUGGCCAGGCUUUGAGCUCCAGCCAGAUUUCACUCCCAACCCUAACUGAAUUGGAGCAGUGUUCAGCUUCUGGAGAUUCUUGUACAUAUGAAGUACUCCCAAAUCCAGAGAUUAUGGAUGGAACAGUGUCCGAAGAGAGUCUCUCGUCCAGUGAAUCUGGAGUCCACCUAUCUCAAGAUCCUUCAUCCAAACCAGUCUUGCUACUCCCCCCUAAAAAAAAUGCUGCUUUCUCUGGAGACCAUGAGGACACCCCAGUGAAACAGCUCUCCCUCAUCAAACAGCCCCCUGCCCUGCCUCCUAAACCUAUUGCCAGGAUUGCCAACCACUUAGCAGAUCCUGGUGGUCCCAUGAAACUGCCUUGUAUGCCAGUCAAACUGUCGCCUCCGCUACCUCCAAAGAAAGUCAUGAUCUGCAUGCCUUUAGGGGGACCAGACCUCUCCCUCGCAUCUUAUUCCAUACAGAAGAGCUCCCAGCAAUCAAUGGGUUCUCAUCACCACACGGUUUUACCGUCACAGUUAGCGCACCAGCAUCAGUAUGGCAGCCACAACCCUCACAUGCCUUCUGGAUCCAGCACGUUACCCAUUCACUCUUCAGGUUGCCGCAUGAUCGAUGAGUUGAAUAAGACACUAGCCAUGACCAUGCAGAGGCUAGAAAGCUCUGGUUUACAUGGGGGUGACAAUGUCACAAAAAGUGGACCUGGGGGCCUUUCAGACAUGAGACAAGUGCCAACCGUUGUGAUCGAAUGUGAUGACAAUAAAGAAAAUGUGCCUCAUGAAUCUGACUAUGAAGAUUCUUCAUGCCUCUACACGAGAGAAGAAGAAGACGAAGAUGAAGAUGAUGAUGAUGACAGCUCAUUAUUUACAAGUUCCCUUGCCAUGAAAGUCUGCAGGAAAGAUUCUUUAGCCAUCAAACUUAGCAACCGGCCAUCCAAACGGGAGCUGGAGGAGAAGAACAUCCUCCCUAUGCAGACUGAUGAGGAGAGGCUGGAGCUAAGGCAACAAAUAGGGACCAAGCUGACAAGACGACUGAGCCAGAGGCCAACGGCUGAAGAAUUGGAGCAGAGGAACAUUCUUAAACCCCGGAAUGAGCAAGAGGAGCAGGAAGAAAAACGGGAAAUAAAGAGAAGAUUAACACGCAAGUUAAGUCAAAGGCCUACGGUGGAAGAGUUGCGUGAGAGGAAAAUUCUCAUCCGCUUUAGCGAUUACGUGGAAGUGGCAGAUGCUCAGGACUAUGACAGGCGGGCCGAUAAACCAUGGACACGGCUCACAGCUGCUGACAAAGCCGCCAUACGCAAAGAGCUCAACGAAUUUAAAAGUACUGAAAUGGAAGUUCAUGAAUUAAGCAGGCAUUUAACAAGGUUUCAUAGACCAUAAAAACUGAGUGUUCCACCAUCUUCAAGACGUAACUGAAAAGAACCGCAAGUGCUGGUACUGCUCAUCUCUCCAUUGUGUACAAUGUAAAUCUCCUGAACUGCCUUUUUAAAAUAAAGUUUAAAACAAGGUUUUCCUCUACUGGGUAGAACUAUGCCAUAAAACCUGUUGGCACAACAUUCAGCAACUCAAACCACCCAAGGCAAGAAUCAUGCCAAAA